AGUCUUUCAGAGGAUGUUUUGCAGGUAAGUUUUUAUUGAAAGAAUAGACGCAAUACUAUUUUGAUUUUCCAACGUCUCCCGUGGUCUUCGGUGAUUUCGCUGGAAAAGUGCAAAAAUUUCUGCACAACGACGGAACAAGGCCGACGUUGUCGUACUAAUUUGCCCGACGUGGCGAACACGAAACCGUACCUGCAGCUGCAUCCUCAGAAGUGCCUUGGCUCCAUGUUUUGACGCGCACCCGUCGUCCUCCUACCUGCAGCAACAGAAGUACCUACAGAAAUAACGUAAAAACGCAACAAACCCUCGCCGCGGAACAAGAAUCAAUUCAAGAAGACCUGCAAAUGAAGCUAAAGCGGUUCCUGCUCCGCUACUACCCCUCCGGUGUGGUGUUAGAAUUCGUGAGGAAAAGCGGGGAAGUGGAAACGAAAUCGAUUGACUUGCUGAACCUCACUCCCGAAACGGACGUCGAUGUACUGAUUUCUCAGAUUAUCAGCGAAGAGCCGCUCAUUACCGAGUCGAAGCGGGGGUUGCUGAAGAAGUUGAUUCUGAAACUGAUAGAAAAACUGCAGCAGGACAAGGAAGGCGACAGCCGGUUUAGUUUGUACAAAGUGCUCCGAGCACACAUCCUCCCGCUGACCAACUGCGCGUUCAACAAAUCCGGGUCGAAAUUUAUCACAGGCAGCUACGACCGAACCUGCAGAAUAUGGGACACGGCCACCGGGAGCGAGCAGUGUGUUUUGGACGGACACAAAAACGUGGUCUACGCCAUCGCAUUUAACAACCCCUUCGGGGAUAAAGUAGUCACCGGGUCCUUUGACAAAUCAGCAAAAAUCUGGGACGCCGGGAGCGGGAAAUUGCUGCAUACGCUAAAAGGUAUUUUUUGAUAGCAGUUUUCGAUUUUAUGUGUAGAAGUCUACUUUGUUUUUCGUCGGUGGAGGUCAGAUCCAGGGUGAUGCGUUCGAUUUAGUACAUAUCUAAGAUCGUAGAUAGUGAAAUAAACUGUUAUGCUGUUCUUAAAGACCAGUAGAAGUUUUUGUUUAUCGAGCACGAGCACCUCCAAUAUUAAAUCCGUUCUAGGUCACCAGACGGAGAUUGUCUGUGUGGUGUUCAACCCGCAGGGCACCCUCGUUGCGACGGGCUCCAUGGACAACACGGCAAAACUCUGGGACGUAGAAACGGGUGUCUUGGUGAGCAGUUUGGAAGGCCACUCCGCGGAGAUUGUGAGCUUAAACUUCAACACCGACGGGGACCGACUCCUCACCGGCAGUUUCGACAACACGGCGAAGAUAUGGGACUCCGCCACGGGGCAAUGCAUCCACACCUUGGCAGGACACCUCGGGGAAAUAUCGUCCACGCAGUUCGACUUUACAGGUGAGAAUACUUUUAGUACGCUGUUUGUACAGACUUCGAAUUUAUUGGUAUCAUGCGUUUUGAAAUGGAAAAAAAAGCUGUAAUUCAUUAUACAAAGCUAAAAAGCAUCAAUGUUCCUCUAAGGUGACUACUGCGUGACGGGCUCCAUUGACCGGUCGUGCAAGCUUUGGGACACCCAUUCUGGCGAGUGCAUCGAGACGCUGAAGGGCCACUCCGACGAGGUGCUUGACGUCUGCUUCAACAUGACAGGAAACCGAUUAGCCUCCGCUUCAGCUGACGCAACGGCCCGGAUUUAUAACGUCAUGACGGGGACUUGCAUCUCAAUCCUAAUCGGACACGAGGGAGAAAUAUCAAAGGUAUAGGAAAAACAAAUUUGUUCGAGUUUUGUGUUUCUUGUCUGCAUGCAAAACGUGAAAAUGCAACUCCGUCUACGAAUACAGAUAUGCAAGUUCUCAACAAUCCCAUUGUAGGUUCAAUUCUCUCCCUCCGGUGCGAAGGCGAUCACCGCUGCGAGCGACCGGACCUGUCGCGUUUGGUCCAUCGAAAGUGGCGAGUGCCUGCAGAUUCUCGAGGGCCACACCGACGAGAUUUUCUCUUGCGCAUUCAACUACGACGGCGAUACAAUUAUUACCGGUAGUAAGGACAACACGUGCAGGAUUUGGAAGAUCGGGGACAAGGGGGAGCAGUCCGUGGAGGAGAGAAGCUACAACUGAGAUAGAUCGUAGUGGAGGAGGAGGCAGGGUCUUUCUACUGCGGGUCGAGAAGAAGUUGUUUUGGAUCAUGCCAUAAAUUACAUUGUAAAAUGAUCGAAAAUCGACAAGAUUUCGAUCAUCUUGGAAGUAGGGGGUUGGAGGUUUUGUGGAUUGGAAUAGAUUGUUGUACAUUUUUAGUCUUUGAAUGCUUUGCUGCGCAGAAAGAAGAGUUGAGAAUUUUAGUCAGGAUCAUGCACAGGGCCGGCUACUUGGAAAAUUCCGG